AUGAGGUCUCUACCAGCGCUACUGGUAGCCAUUGGAGCUGUGCUUCAGGCUACCGCUGGCGUCUCUGCAGCUGCUGCGCUUGACGACUUCUCAUCCUCGAACAACACUUUUUCAUACCCAAAAUUCGAAUAUCCUACUCACUCCAUUGCUCGACGAGAUGGCACCCUCCCUGCAUUGCGGAUCAUGCCGCUGGGUGCCUCUAUUGUUGCUGGAAUAGGGUCUCAUCCACGAAAUGGCUUUCGAGGCCCUUUGCGGCAGGCACUCAGGCACAGUGGGCUUGAGGUGGACAUGGUUGGUUCCAAGCAUGAUGGAACCUUUACAGACAACGACCACGAAGGCACGCCUGGAGCAGUCAUCUCGGAAACUGUCGACCACUUUAAGAACUCACAACAACUCAAGCCCAACAUUGUCGUUCUGAACGUCGGAGCCAACGAUGCCCUUGACGACAUCGACGUCCCCGGCGCAAAGAAGCGCAUGCACACUUUACUCGACACUAUCUGGCAGGCUGAAGACAUGUCCAGCGCAUGCGUCAUUCUCUCGACUUUAAUCCCCAGUUCCCGAGACAGGGGCAAGAAGCACAAUCCAACCAUCAACACCUUUUACAGGGAGCUGAUUGAUGAGCUGAAAUCCGGCCAUUGUAUCUACCUCGCUGAGAUGGACUCUCCCACCGGUGAGGCGAAAGGAUGGAUCGGUGCCGAGGACAUGCAAUCAGACGGGGUCCAUCCGAACAACGAAGGGCAUCGCAAGAUGGCCUACAUCUUCUGGCAAUCCAUCAUCAAAGCUCACAACGACGGCAAGAUCAAGGCGCCCGUGGCGAUUGAUCAGAAAACCACAGUCACCGAAACAUCCAACAAGGAAUACGGCACUGGCGAAUAUGCCGGGUUGACGCAGCAGGGCUCGGGCUGGGACGAUGGGAUCUACCAGCACGAGGCACACUCCAAGGGCAUCAUCUGGAAGUACGAGUCGGAUUUUGAUCGAGAGCAAUUCUUCUUCGCCGGGCUGUAUGGUCAGAAUCGCGACGACCUUGUUGCCUGGUUCGAUAAAAAGGACGCGCCUCACGGGAAUAUGUUUGCUGUUUGGAGAAAUACAGGCAAGACAGAGGGCAGAUUUGAGAAAAUCGCGGAUCUCCAGCCGGAUCUCAAUUGUCAGCCCAGGGGGAUUUUCUUCGUUGAUAUGAACUCCGACGGACUCGACGAUCUCGUCUGUAUCGCUGAAAAUGGCGACGCAUACCUCUCGAUUAACCAGGGCGAUGGCACUGAUGGCAAACCUCCAACUUUCAAACGAGUCAGUGAGACUGGCUUGAUCAAAAGAAACGAAGGGUUCGCGCGAUGGCGCAUCCGAAUUGCCGACAUUGACGGCGACGGCCGCGGCGAUUACCUGGCCAUCGACAACGAGGGCAACAUCCACGCCUGGCGUAAUGGAUGGGUCGACGAUAUCCCAAAAUACUGGCAGCCCCUGGGGAUGCGGUUUACCGGCAAGCACAAGGGCAACAUUACCGGGGUGCGCAUGGUCGAUAUAAAUGGAGACGGGAGAGCAGACUGGCUCUGGGUCAGCGACAAGGGUGAGGUGGAGACGUGGACGAAUUCGAGAACGUGCCAAAGCGGUAGCAUUGGCGAUGGGCUCAAGGUAGAUUGGCGGCAGGGGUUUGCCAAGGGUCUGUCCUCGGGGUACACGCAUUCGGGCGUCGAGUGGCUGCACCCGAAUGGGGAUAUGCGUACUCGUAUCCUCUUUGGUCGCGUCUAUGGUGAACCGCAGGAUUUCGGACUGCUCGGCCGAAAGGAUUACGUCUACCUGGAACAUUGGCUUCAAGACGACAAGCACCUCUUCCACAUGAGGGCAUGGAAGAACCAGGGAUCCGGCGGCACAAAGGUCAAAGCGGAUGGCGUCAAGUACUGCAACAUGAUGGGUCAUGAAGAUGGUCGCGAGGACUAUGUCUGGACCUUUUCAAACGGGAAAAUGGUCAUGUACCCAAAUGCAGGGAUAUACAAGCUCAAGGAGGAUGAGUCCUACUGGGGGGCCCAGGUGACCAUCUUCGACCCGGCACAGACGGCUGGCCAGCAUCUUGACCGUCGCGAUGUGCAUCUCAUGGACUGGGAUGGCGACGGGGACUGCGAUAUCGUCUGGACGGAUCCCGACAAUGACAACCGGCCCUCAGUGUGGCUCAACCACUAUCGCAAGACCAAGGACUGGUCCAUGCCCGGGACAUGGGAGUUGUUCCGCAAUGCCGAUUCAUCUGCGUCCGGCGUGUCGUGCAAGGAGCACCGUGGCUUCGACCUCCAUGACCAGGCGGUCCAGUUCGCUGAUAUCGAUGGUAACGGACGAGAUGACUACCUGUGUAUCAGACGAGAUGGCCAUAUUACCGGCUUCAUCCACAAGGACGACAACAACUGGGAGAGAGUCGGCCAGAUCAAGUACUCCCAGGAAAAGGACCGUGCCAAUCUCCGCUUCGCAGAUGUCAACGGAGACGGAUUGGAUGACAUGAUCUGGGUCGACAAAUUCAACGGAGAUGGCUACGUUUGGUACAACAGGGGCCUUGGAGACCGAUCAAAGCUUCAAGGCUCGUACAUCCACUGGGAUCGUCAGGAGAAGCCCGUCUACCAAAGUGAUCGUGCCGGCACCUGCGUUUACUUUCCCGAUCUGGACGGCAACGGGCGUGCUGAUAUGCACGUCAUCAGAGACGUUUACGGCAACCAGGCUGCGACUUGGUACAAUCCCUCGUGUGCUGUGGUCAACCACCAGGGAGACGAAGGAAGCUGCUGUGACGACCCUAAGCUGCCUGUGGCGCCCGGUUCAGACACACUUGAUGUGAUUGGUGAUAUUCGUGAUGAUCAGACUGACGAGACAGCCGGCUUCAGCAGGGUCUACAUCGAUUCCAGCUUCUGGCCCCCAGACUAUGGCGGCAGGGGGAACCGCGACGGGACACAGAUCACGGUAGCUUGCGAGCCCCCAUGCAUCUAUGCCUUGCCACCAAUGACAUUUGGCGCUCCGACGACCAUCAGCUUCGAACCGAGUACGACGAUCAUCGAGGUUGGCUGCUCCGUUUCCAUGGGCGCUGGGGCAACCUUUGUCUCGAUUUCUGUCACUACUGUCCUCAUCAUCCCCACAACCACUGCUACGUUGGUUCCUGUGUCCAACGUGGCGAUUGCUGAAAAGAUCGAUACAACGACCAUCUAUCCCCAAAUCAGCUUCCAGGCCGACCCCAUCGUCAUCACCGAUGACGCGCCUGCCUUGGCCAGCGCGGGAAUUUCAUGUCUGCCGACUACGACCACCGAGACACGAACUAUCACCCCGAAGCCCUGGCCUUGGAAUAGCUACCCUACUGCAACGCCCACGGUGGAUCCGUGGCUUGAAUUUAUCACAAUCACUCACGUUUCCGGUGCUCCAAGUCCAACCGCCACCACCGGGAUCGGCCAGUUGUGUACCAAAAACUGUGGCUGGCCCUGCUUGGACUGCAACUACGAUCUUGUUGCGGACUGCAUGGAUGGAACUAACAAGCCGUGUGGAGAAACAGGCAUCGACUGCGCGGGACCGAACUGCGUCAAAGGCGGCGACUGCGAAGGCCAAUUCUGUACACGAGGGGGCGACUGCACCGGGCCCAAAUGUGGGAGCUCGGGCAACUGUAAAGGACCCUUGUGCCAGCGCGGCGGAAACUGUGUUGGAGGCGCGUGCAAGGAAAGCGGUAGUUGCGAGGGCCCUCUGUGCCGACAGGGAGGUUACUGUGGCCCACUGGGCAAGGAUUGCCUCAAAGGUGCCUGCAUUGGACCGUCGUGUCUUCCAUUCGGCGGCAUUGAGGUUCCAGACAUGGACCCAGCCUUUCCCGAUCCGCAGGAUCCCAAAUCGUCCAGGGCAACAACCCCGGGCCCAAUGACCACCCGGACCAGUCUUGAUGACGCUGCGUGCCCUACACCAACUCCAUAUAGUGACUGCACGACGACCUGCAUCGCUGGCGCUACGGGCAGCGGCUGCGCUCGAACCUCUGUUGCUUGCAAUACGAAGACGGGCUGUGGAACUCCCACGGCAAUUACGACGACGAUUACGCCUGUUGCUUUGGGGCUGCAGUAG